UAUGUACGUGUGUCUUUUGACACAAAGCCUGACCUUCUUCUGCAUCUGAUGACCAAAGAGUGGCAACUUGAGCUCCCCAAACUUCUCAUCUCUGUGCAUGGGGGCCUUCAGAAUUUUGAACUUCAGCCAAAACUCAAGCAAGUCUUUGGAAAAGGCCUUAUUAAGGCUGCUAUGACAACUGGAGCAUGGAUUUUCACUGGAGGAGUAAACACAGGAGUCAUUCGUCACGUUGGAGAUGCAUUGAAAGAUCAUGCUUCAAAAUCUCGGGGGAAGAUCUGCACCAUUGGUAUAGCUCCCUGGGGGAUUGUGGAAAAUCAAGAGGAUCUGAUCGGCAAAGAUGUGGUUCGACCAUACCAGACAAUGUCCAAUCCCAUGAGCAAGUUGACAGUGCUCAACAGUAUGCAUUCUCAUUUUAUUUUGGCUGACAAUGGCACUACGGGUAAAUAUGGAGCAGAGGUGAAGCUUCGCAGACACCUGGAAAAGCACAUUUCACUUCAGAAGAUAAAUACAAGAAUUGGUCAAGGGGUUCCAGUGGUGGCGCUUAUUGUGGAAGGAGGUCCCAACGUUAUCUCUAUUGUUCUGGAGUACCUUCGAGACACUCCUCCUGUUCCUGUUGUGAUAUGUGAUGGCAGUGGCCGGGCAUCUGACAUCCUUGCCUUUGGUCACAAAUACUCUGAAGAAGGAGGGUAAGUAAUUUCCAGUAUGAGUUCUUUCUCUGUCCACAGGUUCAACUUGGUGGUAAG